AUGCAAGGCACAGCCACUAACGUUGGCACGACACUAGACCAAGUCGAAGCCAGCGAAUUGGAAACGAAGCUCGUUGCAUGGAACAAACUGGAACGCCGCGUGAAGGAAAACCUGGCACUGGUGCCCGACAUUGUGACGCUGAACGUGGGCGGCACCACCUUCCAAACGGCCAAAGGCACGUUGCUGCGCGUGGACGGCAGUUACUUUCAUGCGUUGCUCGGGUCUGGUCUGUGGGCCCCCACACAGGAGGGGGCGUACUUUUUGGACUUGGACCCCGUUGUGUUUCGUCAUGUCCUGCUCUUUUUGCACACAGGGGACGUGUCGAUGGUCGGCUUGACGUUUGUCGAGCGUACAGUGUUCAAAUCCAUGAUGAAGUCGUUAAACUUGGACGGUUUGCAAGGAUGGCAAUGGCAUCCGACUGAUGAUUUCACCUUGUCCACAGACUCGCGGACGAUUGCGCGAUCGGUGACUAGUACGCGCAAUGUGUUUGACGUGGGCGCCGUGGCCGAGCUGCCGCCGUCUGGGAGUUGUCGCAUUCGAGUGGACAACGUCGAUGGGCCGUUUCGAAUUGGCCUCGGUACCAUCACGGACCAGGACGACCGUAGCCGACCUCGGAGAAACCAAUGCUAUCUCUACGAAUCCGACGGUCGAUUUUUCAACAAGAAUCACCACGUUCAAUCGUCUGCACUACCAAACCUGAAAACGGGCGACGUGGUGACCGUACGUCGCGCUCCUUUGCGAAUUGGGUUUGCAGUGAACGACGACCUUCCAUUUUACGUUGAGCUCGUGGACCCGUCCGAGGAACUGGUCCUUGUGGUUGGCAUGUAUCGAAUUGGUACCAAGCUCACGAGUGUCGACUAG